AUUUUAUAGAUGGAAGAAAAAAGAUAAUAUUUUAUACCCAUAAAGGAGGUAAGUAAAAAUUUAUGUUGCAACAUAUGUACAUAUGUUGCCUUAAAUGCAGUUGAAUGUUAAAUUUGUGAAUAACUAUACUGUGACGAUUGCGCAAAAUUUUGGUAGAGAAAAAAGAAUGAGUAUUUAUAAAAUUAAUAUAUUUAGAUGUCCUGAUUGUAAAUAAGAAUUCAAAAUAAAACAACCUCAUAGACUGAUUAGAGAAGAACUUUCAAAAUUGAAAUUUUCAUGUGUAAAUCAAGGAUGUAAAGCAGAAAUACUAAUGAAUGAUGUACUUCAACAUAUAAAUGAAUGUUAAUUAAAGAAUGUUAAAUGUAUCUGUGGAUGGAUUGGACCUGUAUCAAAAUAAAAAUAUCAUGUAAUAUAUUAAUUUAUAUUUUUAAGGAACAAACUUGUUAAUAAUUUGUAACAAAACAGUGUAAUAUUUGCAAAGAAGAAAUAAAGUUAUCGAAGUAUUAAAAUCAUAAUUGUUUUGUUGAACUUUAAUAGAAAUUAGAAAAAAUAACAGAAAAAUUCUAUGAAUAUAAAGAAACUUCAGAAUAUUCUAUUAAAGACUUAAAGAAUCAAGCAAACAAAGAAUUUAAUGAAUUAGAGAGUAUUAAACAAUAGAUAAAAGGAUUAACAUAGGAAAAUAAUGAUUUAAGGAGAUAGAUGACAGAAUUGACUUAAUAUCUAAGAUCUUAAGAAUAAUAAUUUAAAUAAAUAGUAGAAGGAUAAAAUUUAAAAGGACCUUUUAUAGCAUAAGGUAAGUUAGUAGAAUCAAAAUCAUUGUAAUGUAGUAAGGAACAUUCGAUAUUGUAUUGGAUAAAUCCUUAAGGAGAGGAGAAAACAAAGAAAUGUUUAAAAUGUUAGAAAACUUAAGUAAAUUGUAGAUAUUGUUGUCCAAUAUGUGUCUUUUUUGUAUGUUUAAAAUGUUAAGAACCUGAAUUAACAAAGAAUCCUCAUGAGAAUUCUGUUUUAUGUCCUGCAAGACACAAAUUAACAAAAAAGAUUUAAGGACUUACAUGUACUAUAUGUGAGAAGAAUUCUUCAUAAAUGAGAAAUCCUGGAGGUGCAGAUUGUACAGAAUGUGAUUUUGCUAUUUGUUUUGAAUGUUUAGAGAAUGAAAGAUAUAAAGGAAGAGUUUAAUAAUGUCCAGUUUAAUGA